AGGUAACCUGUACAGAUAUAAACACUGAUUACACUCUCCCCCACUUCCGCUGAUUCUAAUCUGUCAAAUGUCCCCUUACUCUAACUUUCUUCCGCAGUUGCACGAGCGGUGGUUUGAGUGUGCUUUCGUGUCGGGGAUUUCUGAGUUUGGGGCGGAAAGGUUGACAUCACAGAGAUAGAAAAGGCAUAGGAUUUAUAUUGGAUGCACGGCUGGUCAACAUCAGAUAAAACACGACGAAGACGAUCCUCCUCAUCCCUCCUCUCUCAGCAUCAUGAAGACUCUCUGCUUCUCUCUGGGACUGCUGCUGCUUGCAGCCUGCUGCUGUGAUGCCAUCCCGAAAGGCGUGAAGUUCAGCACAGCUCCUGGAACCUGCUGCUUCAACUUUAAAAUAAAUGCAAUACCGGUGAAGUUGGUGUCCUUCAUCACCCAGAC